AUGGAGGGGGUCCCUGUGAUAACGGCAGGCACCGCGGGCUCUGCCAAGGCCGAGGGAGCCGCAGCCAUGCCGCCCCCGCCUCCCGUCUCCCCGCCUGCCCUUACCCCAGCGCCCGCAGCGGGUGAGGAGGGCCCGCCGCCACUGCCCGAGGCGGGAGCUCCCGGCUGCUCGGGCUCCCGGCCCCCUGACCUGGAGCCGGAGCGCAGCCUGGGCCGCUUGAGGGGCCGCUUCGAGGACGAGGACGAGGAGUUGGAAGAGGAUGAAGACCUGGAGGAGGAAGAGGAGGAGGAAGAGGAGGAAGAGAUGAGCCACUUCUCGCUGAGGCUGGAGGGGGGCCGGCCGGACUCCGAGGACGAGGAGGAGCGCCUGAUAAAUCUCUCUGAGCUGACCCCAUACAUCUUGUGUUCCAUUUGCAAAGGUUACUUAAUAGAUGCAACUACCAUUACAGAAUGUCUUCAUACAUUUUGUAAAAGCUGCAUUGUAAGACACUUUUACUAUAGCAACAGGUGUCCAAAAUGCAACAUAGUAGUACAUCAGACACAACCUCUUUACAACAUAAGGUUGGACCGACAGUUACAAGACAUAGUGUACAAAUUAGUGAUCAAUCUAGAGGAAAGAGAAAAAAAGCAAAUGCAUGAUUUCUAUAAAGAAAGAGGUCUAGAAGUACCUAAACCUGCUGUUCCACAGCCAGUCCCUUCGAGCAAAGGAAGAUCUAAGAAAGUCUUAGAAUCAGUGUUUCGUAUUCCACCUGAACUUGACAUGUCUUUAUUACUAGAGUUUAUUGGUGCUAAUGAAGGCACGGGACAUUUUAAGCCAUUGGAAAAGAAGUUUGUCCGAGUUUCAGGAGAAGCAACUAUUGGACAUGUAGAAAAAUUCCUCAGAAGAAAAAUGGGUCUUGAUCCAGCUUGUCAGGUAGAUAUCAUCUGUGGUGAUCACUUGUUAGAGCGCUAUCAAACUCUAAGGGAAAUUCGACGUGCAAUAGGUGAUGCAGCAAUGCAGGAUGGUCUGCUGGUCCUUCAUUAUGGACUUGUGGUUUCUCCUUUGAAAAUUACUUGA